CUUAAACCUUGAAAAAAAUCCAGCCGAGUUAUCGUUUUCGACCGCUAGAGACGGAUGAACGAAAAUCCAGCUGCGAGAGAGUCUUGGUUUGAGGCGAAGAGACCAGGGAAAAGGCACCGGAGGAACGAAAAUCCGACAUCUCAAUCCAAGCCUGCCCUAGGUUCUCUAGGAGUUCACAUUAGGCACAUAUUCUUCCGGUGAUUUGAUGUGGGGAGAUGGAUUUGGAGUUUGAGAAGUACUGCGCAUUGGAUGGAAGUCCAAGCCCAACAAAGGUGCUUCUCCCCCGUCCAUCAAAAACUCAAAAAGAUGAUCUCACGGGAAAGAUUAUUUAGCAACAACUACUUGUUCAGGAGAAGACUACUUCUUCACCAAUACAUCAGUAGAUGAUGAUGAAGAUUUUCUUAGGCGGAGUUCCUCCGAUAUGCAAAAACCGGACAAUGGUGAGGAGAGGACAAAGAUAGAAUUCUCACGAGAUAGCGCUGUCGCAUUCUUGUUUGGAAUUGUUGACGCAUUGUGUGGCUUGGAAGAUGAUUACGAAGUCUCAUCAAGCCCAUUAGCAGCCUAUAGCAGCGGCAGAAGACUACGCAAAAAUUUCCACCAUGACCUGUUUAAUCUCAGUGUUGCUGCUGCAAUGUUACCAGCACCUCAUUUGCCUUUCUGGUCAGAAAACAGUGCUUCGAGAGCUAGUAGCAGCAGUAGUAGUCCAAAAGCAGUUCGGUUUGCCGGUUUGGUUCUAUGAAAAGGGCCACUCGGUAAAAGAAUCAAACCCCCAGAAAAGGAAAUAGUGUAUUGGGCAAUUUGGAGGCGGCGGUUGAAUCUGGGGUUAGGCUGCCGCCAUUUGGAUUACUCCUACUGCAGAAAGUGUUAAUGGGGGAAACAAGAUUUUUCAAACAUGGCUUCAUGCUUGCAAGGUGUUCUCAUGCUGGAGAAGAAACGAUGUGGCUUCAUUCAGUUUUCAUCACCUUUCUCUCAAGAAGACACAAUUUUUGUGGCUGAGGAGAAGUGAAAUUUAUGGUAUGAGUUUCGUUCUCUUCCUAGUAAUAAUAGAAAGAAUGAGGAGAACCACUAUAGAUUCAAAGAGCACGCAAUGGGCCAUUUUGUUUUUGCAGAAACCUACACCACAUGGUAAUGAGCUCCUAGAUCAUGGCUGCAGGAAUUUGGGGCAUCAUCUUUGUAUGUAAUAGCAAUAAGCAAAUUUCAAUGUAUCUAUAUUUCCUUGCUCUGGAGGUAUGGUCUAUAUGUAUGGUUUAUUUCUUCUUUCUUAAUUCUAGCUUUUCAUUUAAAUCUAUAUCAUUAUUUCUUAUUUAUGUCUAUGAAGUUCUUUUAGUUUUUUAUUCUUUUCUAGCAUGUUUUAUAUUUUGAAAACCUGUAUUCCUUUCUUUCAAGUUUUCUUUUUACGUAUUUAUACUUUAUAAUCUAUUAUGAAGUUAUGAGAACCCAGGUAUAAAACUAAUGCAACUAGUUUUUGUAUUUAGUUUUUCUAUUAUAAAGUGUAAUGGUUCUCAUUAUACUGAGCUUAAGUUUUAGUUUUAUUUUGUGAGACUCAAGUUAAGACUUCUCAUAAUGGGUUUUUGACCUUCUUUAUGCUUGGACUGUGUUUUGAUUUGAGGGUAUCAAACUGACCAAGACAUUCAUGAAUAACAUUACUGAACUGUCAAUGGGUUUUGUUUUGCAGAAAUGAUCUGCUAAAGCUGCAACCCUAUAGCAUUGAAGUGUAUGCACUUCCACUUGAUCAGGCUGUGGACUUGAGGAGGUCUCAAGGGGAUGACGGCAACAUCAACAAACUGAUAUUGCUAUCUCCAAGAUUUGUUCUCCCUGCUAUCGUUCAUUGAGUAUAUGAUUCAUCUGUGUAGAGCAUUUGUUUUUGAAAAUGAGACUUGAUCCCAGACUUGAUCCCUGUCGUCUUAAAUCAUCUAUUUAUGAUAAUACUUUCAAACUGUAACAGUAAAAGGGACAGAAUCAAUACACAAUAAAUUGAAAAGGCUCACAUUUAAUUCUUCUUUAAUGAAUACCAUGUAUUAUGGAAAAGUAUUUCCACUAUUGUGACCAAA